AUGGGAAACAGAACAACUUGUGUACAAAAAUAUAUCUAUAAAAAAUUGUGUGCCAUUAAAGAUUCUAAUAAACUAUAUAAUGAAAGUUUUAAAAUACCAUCCCAUUGUGAGUACAUGUAUAGUAAACCUGCAGACAUGUCAAUAAGGUUUAAUCUGAAUCCACCGGAAACUUCAAAAACAAACAACUACGUGUUACUCAAGAAAAAUUAA